GUGGGAUGCAGUGGGAGGUGCUGGUGCGGGGGCCUCUUGGUUCCGAGCCCUGAAGUCACGCUGGGCUGGGCUGGGAGGCGUGGGGGUCCUAGUGGAUGGCCCUGGCGCCUAGAGGCUCCUCCCCGGGACUGCCGCUCACACGGGUCUCUAGGAGUGUUUCCUGCCCGGUUCCCCAGAUGGUAUCUGUCUGGGCUCCAAGGCCCCUGGGCAGAGUGGUUUGGCACCAGCGUCAUGAGAGAUCUGAGUGCACAUGCGCCAUGGCCAGCGGCCGUGCAGCCUGGUCCUGCUGGGUCAGGGGUGCCCAGGGAGAAGCCAGGGGCGAUGGGCAGGGGUGCUGGCCUGGGGCUGAGGCUCGGCUGUGGGGCCACCUGCCAGGUGCUCAGGCCCUCUCUCCCAACUGCAGGUCCGACUCAGGAGAUGAGCAGUUUCCAACUAUUUGCCGGGAAGACCUGGAGAUACACAGCUACUUCGGGGACCCCCACUGCUGGGGGGGGCAGGAGUGUUCCAGCGGAGAGGAGCUCUGUGAGGAUGGCAGCUCGCCAGGUGGAAGCAGCAGGCAGUGCUCUGGCUCCUACAGCCGGUACCCGGGCAGCAGCGUGGACCCUGGGUGGCCCCAAGGCUAUCAUCACCCUCAGGGCUUCUUGGAAGAGGAGGACUGGCCCGUCUGCUACGAUUCCCGGAGAUCUCCAAGGAGACGCCUCCUACCUCCCACCCCGACAUCACCCCGGAGACCCUCCUUCAGCUUUGAGUGCCUGCGUCGGCAGGACAGCCAGGAGGAAGUGCCACUGUCCCCUUCCGUCCCCCGCCGCACGGCCCUACCCCUGCACCUGAUGCAGCGCCAGGUGAGCGAGGCCUGCCCUCAGGCCGCCCCUCCGGCGGCUGCCACACUGGGGGAUGGGAGAGGGCCUUCAUCUGCACCCCAGCUCAGUCCUGAACCAGCACCGUCAAACAGGCACCUUCCUGAGUGAGCCCCGCUCCAGGGGUGAGCCAUGCCAGAGGAUGGGCACUGUGCCCAAGCCCCCACGGGAGGUGGGGAUGCCGAUGCUGUGUGACCCCAUGGCGGCUGCCAGCUUCCUCCACUGGGGCCCCAGCCCAGGUGCACACAGCAGUCCCACCACCGAGGACGGGGCCUGGUGCCACCCAUGACCGGGGAGCGGUGGCUGCUGGAUUGGCCCUGGGCCGUCCAUGCUGCCCUCUGCAGGCGACCUGUGGUUCUGAGGGUGGGUGAGCCUCCCACCCUGCCUAUUGGGGCCGUGGGGUCUGAGGGAAGGACCCACCCCUGGG